AUUGCUUAUUUUUUAAAAAAUAUUUUUUUAAUUAUAUAGAAGUGUUUGUCGUGCGGACCGGGUCGGCCCGAAGCCCGUGGGUUUCGAUCCAAUGCGGGCCAGAUUCAGGCUUCAAUUUAAUAAGUUUAAAUGUGGUGCAUGGCAUGCAGAUUGCCCGUCGAAAUGCAGUUAUCGUUGCAGCAAGUCGUCAAGGCAGAAGAUGUGCCUGAGGGCAUGCAAUACCUGCUGCCGGAGGUGCCACUGCGUGCCGCCGGGGACCGCCGGAAAUGAGGACGUCUGCCCUUGUUAUGCCCACAUGACUACUCACGGCGGCCGCCACAAAUGCCCUUAAUAAUCGUUAUUUGAUUUGAGGAGGACGACACACCACUUGAGGUACACCAUACGUACACCAAGUUCAAAAUAGGCACACACAUACACUUAGUGUAUGUACACGGAUAACGAAUAUAUUAAAUUCGAUUUAAGGGCCGGGGAGUGAAUUAAAUUAUAUUACAAGAUCUAAAUAAAAGGACAAUAAACCU